AGAGUAGAUCGAUUAGUGGGAGACAACAAAAUCAGAUGCAAUCACAUGAUAGGCAGGCAGCUGCAGCUCUACCAAAAUUUUAUUUUAUUAUUUUAAAAUAAAAUAAUAACAUGUCCCCGCGUCCGACCUCCAAACAUACAUUUUUAGUAAUAAUGUAUCGCCUAAUUUUCUUACCUUUUCCUUUCCAUUUGAAUUCAUCAAAUCAAAUCACUUAAUAUAAACACACAUACAUCACUGCGCAUUACACCAGAAGCUUCCACAGCAAGCAUCCAAUGGCGCGCAGCCUCCUCUUCCUCCAUCUCCUCAUCUUCCUCUCCAUCUUCACCAUCUGCAGAUCUGAUGAUCCGGAUUGCGUGUACACGGUUUACGUGAGAACGGGGUCAAUCAUCAAAGGCGGAACCGAUUCCAUCAUCAGCUUAACUCUGUACAAUGCCCAAGGCUACGGGAUCCGGAUCAACAAUCUGGAGGCGUGGGGUGGGCUGAUGGGCCCGGGAUACAACUACUUCGAGAGGGGGAACCUCGACAUCUUCAGCGGCAGAGGCCCGUGCCUGACCGGGCCUGUCUGCUCCAUGAACCUCACCUCCGACGGGUCGGGUUCGGGCCACGGCUGGUACGUCAACUACGUCGAGGUCACCACCACUGGGGUCCACCUGGACUGCGCGCAGCAGCUGUUCACCGUCGAGCAGUGGCUCGCCACCGACACGUCCCCUUACGAGCUCACCGCCAUCAGGAACAAAUGCUCUUCGUCUGAUGACAAGAAGCGCGCCGGCGAUUUGAGGCUCGUGUCUGUCAUGUGAGAGUUCUCGUCGGGCCGGGCGUUGGAUCCGACUUGUGAGUGUGAGUGUGAGUGGGUAGGGUUGAUGGAGGGAAUAAAUGUGGGAAAGGACAGGAAUGACCUUCUUGGGAUUGAUUGCUAUCAGUUAUCAUUUGCUUAAUUUGGCUCCUUUCGUUUUCUCAAUCAAUAAAUAUACGUGUUACUUAUUAAAAAAAAA